AUGUUUUUCAACAUGUUGCGUCCCUUGACGGGGCUGCCGGUGCGUUUCGGAAGUGGUGCAUUUGCAGCGACGACGCAGCCGUCGCUGAUCAUGGUGCGGACACUAAUGAAGACGCACAAAGGCGCAGCUAAGAGAUGGCGGAAGACUGCAGGAGGGUACAAGCGUUCGAAGGCUGGCCGCAGCCACGGUAACACAGGCUGGGGACAGCGCGCGCUGAAGCAGCUCUCUGGGCGGACCAUGGCGGCGAGUGCCCAUCUGAAGCGUCUGCGGCGCCUACUGCCAUACCACUGA